GGUCAGUAUACAUUUUUCAAAUGGAAGUUUCUCAAGUGUAACUGCUUCGAUUCAUCCAAUAGAAGAGAGUCCAACUUCUCCUUUUCACAUGAUCGCAUCAUCUUCAAGAUGGCAAAUAUUGGCGGCCAUUAAUGAAGCUUGUUCUUUGAUAUCAGACACCAUUAAUAUUACUACUUCCAGAUCUCUUCCUGCAGGUGAAUCUCAACAACCCUCACCUAGUGUGAGAUGGGCAUCCCUCUGUUCGCGUUCUUUUUCAUUUCCUGCUUUCUUUCAUUGUUUUGCCAUGCAGCCAACAAUACAAUCACACAAGGCGAAUCUUUAAGAGACGGCGAAACUGUGAUAUCAGAGGGUCAGAACUUCGAGCUGGGAUUCUUCAGCCCUGGAAAUUCAUCGUCACGAUACGUUGGAAUAUGGUAUUAUAACAUGACGGACCCAGCGGUCAUAUGGGUUGCAAACAGAGGAAGUCCAAUCUCUGAUAAAUCCGGGGUCUUAAGGAUUGGAGAUGACGGUAAUUUGAGGGUUUUCGAUGGGAAUAACAGUGAAGUGUGGUCAAGUAAUGCUUCAAUCACAUCGAGAAACACAACAGCAAGACUUGAAAUUUCCGGAAAUCUCCUCCUCUCCGGCAGUGACAAUCGGGACUAUUGGCAGAGCUUCAAUGAUCCAACGGACACAUUUUUGCCCGGGAUGAGAGUGGAAGUGAAUGAUCAAAUGGGUGAGAACCGUGCUUUCAUUUCAUGGAAAUCUGCUAAUGAUUCUUCAACAGGAAGCUACACCAUGGGGGUUGAUCCUCGUGGCUCACCACAGAUAGUGAUAUGGGAGGGGGUGAAUAGGCGGUGGAGAAGCGGGCAUUGGGAUGGAAGAGUUUUCUUAGGUGUUCCAAAUAUGACAGGAAACUAUAUGUACGGUUUUGGACUUUCUAAGAAAGAUAAUAAUGCAAGCAGUUAUUUUACAUAUACCCCAAUUAAGAGUGGGGAUAAGUUGAGGUUUCGGAUCGGUUGGGAUGGAUAUGAAGAGCAGUUAAUUUGGGAAGAAGAUAAGGUAAAGUGGGGUGUUCUUCAAUCUCAGCCCGCUAACGAAUGCGAGCACUAUAAUAAGUGUGGUGAUUUUGGGGUUUGUAGUGUAUCGGAUUCACCUAUAUGCACUUGUAUGAAAGGGUUUGAUCCAAGGUACCCAGAUCAAUGGAGUAGGGGGAAUUGGUCUGGUGGGUGUCUGAGGAGGACUCAAUUGCAGUGUCAGAGGAAUGUUAGUAAUGUGACAGUGGGAAAUGAUGGAGAAGAUGGGUUCUUUGAUUUGAAGUGUAUGAAGUUGCCAGAUUUUACGGAUUUGACGAAUUUGCAUUUCAAUGAGAGUUGUGAGGAUAAGUGUCUGCAGAAUUGUUCUUGUGUUGCAUAUUCAGAAGUUAAGGGGAUUGGAUGCAUGAUAUGGAAUGGGGACUUGAUUGAUAUUCAGCAUUUUGCAACAGGUGGGAAUACCAUAUCUAUCCGUCUUGCGCAUGCUGACUUAGGAGGUGGCAAGAGCAAAUUAUCCACCCCUGUGAUAAUAAUAAUUUCUGUAGCGGGAGUAGUCCUCCUAGGUGUAUUAAUAUUCCUACUCUGGAGGUUCAAAACAAAACUGAAAGUAUCUAUAUCCUCAAUUGCACGUAGCAAGAACAGCAAUGAAAUACCAAUUAUUGAAGUGAGCAGAAGUGGAGAAUUUUCUGCAGAUCUUUCAGGAUCAGCUGAUCUUGCCAUUGAAGGAGAUCAAGCAAAUAGACCAGAAUUACCAUUGUUCAAUUUCAAUUGUGUAGUCGUUGCUACAAACAACUUUUCUGAAGAAAACAAGCUUGGGGAGGGGGGAUUCGGUCAUGUCUAUAAGGGGAAGCUUCCAGGGGGACAAGAAAUAGCUGUAAAGAGGCUUUCAAGAAGAUCUACUCAAGGUUUGGAGGAAUUUAAGAAUGAAAUUAUACUGAUUGCUAAAUUACAACAUAGAAAUCUUGUGAGACUUUUAGGCUGCUGCAUUCAAGGCGAAGAAAAGAUGCUGCUUUAUGAAUACAUGCCAAACAAAAGCCUGGAUUGCUUUCUUUUUGACAAAACCAAGCAAUCACUACUAGAAUGGUGGAAACGUUUCACAAUUAUUGAAGGGAUUGCAAGAGGACUCCUUUAUCUUCAUCGAGAUUCGAGGUUGCGAAUAAUUCAUCGGGAUCUAAAGGCCAGCAACAUUUUGUUGGAUGAAGACAUGAACCCAAAGAUUUCGGACUUUGGCAUGGCCAGGAUAUUUGGGGGAAACCAACAUGAAGCCAAUACAAUCAGAGUUGUUGGCACCUACGGCUACAUGUCUCCUGAAUAUGCUAUGGAAGGCUUAUUUUCAGUGAAAUCAGAUGUCUAUAGUUUUGGGGUAUUACUCCUAGAGAUUGUAAGUGGCAAGAGGAACACUAGCUUUCGCUUAUCCGAACACUUGAGCCUUAUAGGAUAUGUAUGGCAUCUUUGGAAUCAAGAAAAAAUAACUGACCUCAUUGAUCCUUCUAUUCGGGAUUCGUGUUCUCGCCAUGAAGCAUUGAGAUGUAUACAAGUGGGGAUGCUGUGUGUCCAAGAUUCUGCAGCUCACAGACCAACUAUGUCAAAUGUUGUGUUAAUGCUAGAGAGUGAAGCCGCAAGUCUUCCAUUGCCUAGACAACCUACUUUUACUUCGAUGAGUGGCAGCUUUGAAGAAACAGAAUCCUAUACAUCUGGCCCUGACAAAUUAUCCUCAAACGAUAUGACUGUUACUGUAAUGUCCGAAAAAUUAUUUAGAACAAUGGGAGAUUUCUCUAAGCUCCAUUGUUUCACCAUUUUGUGCCUCACUUUUCUCACCUUCUUCCCCACAAUAUCCAUCUCUUUGGACUCCUUAACUGCAACUCAGUCGCUCUUGAAUGGCCAGACCCUUGUGUCCGCCGGCCAGGUGUUUGAACUGGGGUUCUUCAAUCCACUCAACUCAGACUGGUACCUGGGAAUAUGGUACAAAAAAAUCUCCAACAAAACAAUUGUUUGGGUUGCAAACAGAGACACCCCACUUUCAAACUCAUCGGGAACCUUCAAGAUCGGCGACCAUGGAAACGUCGUUGUUGUCGAUCAAGUUGGGAACAUAUCAUGGUCUUCGAAUGAAACGACGGCAGUUCAACCUGUUGUGCAGCUUUUGGAUUCAGGAAAUCUUGUUGUCAAAGAGAUGAACGAGAACGACCCGGGGAAAUAUCUGUGGCAGAGCUUUGAUUAUCCCACGGACACUUUGUUACCAGAUAUGAAGCUGGGAUGGGAAUUAGACACCGGCUUCGACCGGCACUUAACGUCGUGGAGGAGCUCGGUGGACCCUUCAACGGGAGACUACUCAUUCAAGCUAGAUUUCCGUGGAUUCCCAGAAAUUUUCUUGUGGAACAAACAAGAAGUAGAAUAUCGAAGCGGGCCUUGGAACGGGAUAAGGUUCAGCGGGGUACCAGAAAUGGCGCCUUUAAACUAUCUCGGCUUUGAUUUUGUUAUGGAUCAACAUGAGGUAUAUUAUUCAUAUUCGAUAACAAAUGCGUCUCUCAUUUCCCGGUUGGUUGUGAAUGCAACGAACGGUUAUCUUCAACGAUUUACGUGGAUUGAAAGCAGCCAGGAGUGGAACUUAUAUUGGUAUGCUCCGAAAGAUCAGUGUGACAGCUACAGAGAGUGCGGUCCAUACGGUAUCUGCGACACAAAUGCGUCGCCGGUAUGCCGGUGUAUGAAAGGUUUUGGACCCAAGAAUCUACAGGCAUGGAAUUUGAGAGAUGGGUCCGAUGGGUGUGUGAGGAAUACGACGCUGGGUUGUGCGAGCGACAAAUUCUUGCCGUUGAAUAAUAUGAAAUUGCCGGAGACGACGACUGCUUAUGUGGACAAGACCAUGAAUCUUAAGGAAUGUGAAGAAAUGUGCUUGAAGAAUUGCUCUUGUACUGCUUAUGCUAACUAUCAGAUUAACAACGGAGGAUCAGGGUGUGUGGCAUGGACUGGUGAUCUUCUGGACGUGAGGGUGUAUACAGAAGGCGGUGGUCAAGAUCUCUACGUUCGAUUGGCAGCUUCUGAAAUAGAUGAUGCUGGAAGUGUAGGCUCUGGAGGUUCUGACAAGACAAAAGAAAUAAUAAAGGUUAUAGGAAUUACUGUUGGUAUUGUCAUUUUCCUAUCAGGAUUGACGGUAUACUUUGUGUGGAAGAGGAAGGGACUGCAAGCGAUACGCAAUGGAAAGACACAGCAAAAAGGUCUUCGUGAAAGAAGCCAGGAUUUGUUGUUAAAUGAAGUGGUCAUUUCAAGUAAAAAAGAGUACUCGAGUGAGAGUAACAUAGAUGAGGUAGAAUUGCCAUUGUUUGAUUUUGGUACCCUAGCAAUGGCAACAAACAACUUUUCUGAUGAAAAUAAACUGGGACAAGGUGGUUUUGGCUGUGUUUACAAGGGUAGGGUUGUAGAAGAUCAAGAUAUAGCAGUAAAGAGGCUCUCGAAGAACUCUGGGCAAGGAGUCGAAGAAUUCAAGAAUGAAGUUAGCUUGAUUGCAAGGCUUCAGCACAGAAAUCUUGUUCGAUUGCUGGGUUGCUGCAUUGAUAUGGACGAAAAGAUGCUCAUUUAUGAGUACAUGGAAAACAAAAGCCUGGAUGCUGUCUUAUUCGAUAAAGAAAAACGCUCCUUAUUGAACUGGCCAAGGCGCUUCGACAUUAUAUGCGGGAUUGCUCGGGGACUUCUUUAUCUUCAUCAAGAUUCUAGAUUUAGAAUCAUCCAUAGGGAUCUAAAGGCAAGCAACAUUUUACUAGAUGGAGAAAUGAACCCAAAAAUAUCUGACUUUGGCAUGGCUAGAAUUUUUGGUAAGGAUCAGACAGAAGCAAAUACAAGGAGAGUUGUUGGAACAUAUGGCUAUAUGUCUCCUGAAUAUGCAAUGGAUGGACAUUUCUCAGUUAAAUCUGAUGUUUUUAGCUUUGGUGUUCUGGUUUUGGAGAUUAUAAGUGGUAAAAAGAACCGAGGAUUUUAUUACGCAAACAAUGACCUAAAUCUUCUUGGACAUGCAUGGAAGCUUUGGAGAGAAGGAAAUGGUUUGGGGUUAACUGAUUCAUCUCUGUGUGAUUUAUAUUCCCCGUCUGAAGUGAUGAGAUGCAUACAAGUUGGCCUCUUGUGUGUCCAGGAGCGUGCAGAAGAUAGGCCGACCAUGUCGACUGUGGUCUUGAUGUUGAGUAGUGACACUGCAACAAUGCCCCAGCCUAAGCAGCCUGGUUUCUGCCUAGGAAGGAAACCUGCUGAAACUAGCUCUUCAUCUAGUAAGCAAGAAGAAUCAUGCACCGUAAACCAGGUUACGGUUACAAUGUUAGAUGCUAGGUAGUGAAAGAAAGGGCCUCAUCUGGCAUGUUUGUAUAUUUUCGAACUUCUGAAAUUUUGUGUAAAUCUUCGUCUGUGAUUUUUGCCAUAGCUUUAGGGGUAUUGGUUGAUCAUCUUCUUUGUGUAAGUAGUGAGAGAUAUCCUUGUCAAUUGAUAUCACAUAACACAACCUACAAUAUCAUAUAUCUUGAAAGCAAACUUUGAUAUAAUUGCAAGACAAUCAACUUCAGUA